AGCUGAAGAGAUAAGGAGGGCUAUUCGCCUCUUCCACUCUUGGGUGUGUAUUGUAUCUCUUUUGGAAACAGAAAGAAGAAGAAAAGGGGACGGGUAAUGAGAGACAUAUACAUCAUCAUCAUCAUCAGAAGAAGACAAGGCUAGAAGAAGAAGAAGAAGAAGAAGAAGAAGAAGAAUGCUAAUGCUAAGAUAUGGCGGAGGAAUUUCAAGUGUUUUGAUGUUGAAGAAGAAACGACCCAGCUCCAACUCCAUAUAUGUGGCAUCAGCAGUAGUUGGUGUGGUGAAUAAUGGGAAUGGGGAGCAUAUUGGUAGGAGGUGGUACGGGCGGCCAGCAGCAGCAGCAGCCGGGUUGGUUGCAGCUGCAAUGAUGUUUUCAACGGCAUGGGCAUGGAGGUCAGGGGCAAUAGAGGCGCCGGAGACACUGUCCAACAUCCCACAGACGCUGUCGGGGGAGUGCCCAUCUGUGCAGGACUGCAAGAAGGCCAGAAUCCAGCGCCCCAAGUCCAGAAAAGCCGAGUCCUGCACCAUCAAGUGCGUUACCACCUGCAUCCGCGGCGGGGACGGCUCCCCUGGUGAAGGCCCUCUCAACAUCCGCAGGCCUCUAGUCGUAUUUAAGCAGGGGUUUCGAAGCCGUCAAUAUUGUUUGGUGGAGUGUUCUGAUAUUUGCAACCUGAUUGGAGAUGGUGAUGAUGGUCCAUGAAUUGGACCUAUGUUGUUUCAUCUUUCAUUCAUGUACAUAUAUAAAAACCCUCCAAAAUGCCUUUUUUUGUUUUUUUUUUCCUUCCUUUUGCUUUUUUGAUAUGUUAAUUUCCAUUUUUGAAGAGGAGAAAGUUGAAUAUUCAUCCCCCAAAAA